CACUGUUUACAAAAAUUAGAAAAUUCUUAUCUUCUGAUUCUUAUCACUCGCUAUCAAAUGUCAAAAUAUGAAUUAGAAUUUGGAAUUGAGAAAAUAGAAAAUUUGAUUUAAUUUGAUUUGAACCGUGGUUAUUCAAAAUAUGAACUUUUCUUUGGUCCUAUAUAAUUAGUAGUGUCUUGUGAAUCAAUACUUCAUUAAAAUUAAAAUCACCGGUUCUGUUCAACGUAUAAUUUUCAUGUGUAUCUGAAUUGAUCUCAGAAUCUGAUCAGCGUCUGAAAAAUCUGAUAAUUUUACGAUAUGCAUUCUGUAUUGAGUAGCUCUUCUGCAUAUUGCAAUGAUUACGAGUCAGACGAAGCUUACUAUUUAAAAUAUCCUAUUCCACUUCCCCCGAGGCGAACCAAUAAUCCCAAACCACCCAUAAACAGAAGUAAAAAAAGUAAACUGAAGUAUGAGGUGAAACAAAUCAGUAAUUUGAAAUUCUCCGAUGACAUUAGAUCUAUCGAUUUUGUUCUUGUGUUCAAAAAAGAAGAAGUUUUGCCAAAAAUUCCAGAUUCUGAAAAACGAAAUAUAUUUGAAGAAAAUUUACGUAAAGAGGGUCUAGAACUAGAGUACGAUUCUUGCGAAAGUACCAAUUUACAGUUUAUCAAGAUCCACGCUACGAAAGAAUUGUGUCGAAGAUAUUGCGAAAUUCUUCGUUUGAGAAUGCCGAUGAAAAAAAUUGACAACUUGCAACGAAUGCCUUCUACAACAUCGAAAGUAGUGAAUCUGUUUACUUCAAAAUGGAACUCGUUGAUACAGAAAUUAUUCCACAUCGAUAGAUCUCUGUUUCCCGAAAUAGAUCAUAGUUUCACAGCUAUUUAUAGUAGAGAUAAAGAAUAUCUAUUCGAUAUAAAUUCGCCGAAUUUCUUCACUCCUACUGUUCGAGCUAGAAUUGUUCAGUUCAUUUUGGAUAGGAAUUUAUUCUCGUUGAACGAAUCAGAUCCGUAUAAUUUCGGCAUCGAGCACUUAAUUAACGAUGGUGUCUAUUGUGCUGCGUAUCCUUUACACGAUGGAUUUUGCGACGUGCCUGGUAGCAUUAGAUAUUUACUGUGUCGCAAAUGGGCUUCUCUGAAGAAAUGUUUCCAAUAUCAGCCUGUUGAUGUGAUCAAGGAAUAUUUUGGCGUCAAGAUAGCUUUAUAUUUUACCUGGCUGGGGUUCUACACGUAUAUGUUGAUACCGGCUUCUGUUAUCGGAUUGAUUUGCUUUUUGUAUUCUUGGAAUACUUCUUACAGCGACGAAAUAACGAACGAAAUAUGCGACGAAAACUCCAAGAUGAAAAUGUGCCCUUUGUGCGAUUACAACUGCACGUAUUGGGAUAUACAAGAAACCUGUAGCCAUUCCAGGGUGACUUAUUUGUUCGAUAAUAUAACCACAGUAUUUUUCACCAUUUUUAUGUGUUUUUGGGGUACACUAUUUUUAGAAUUAUGGAAACGUUAUUCGGCUGAAAUAACUCAUCGGUGGGAUUUGACGGAAUUCGAUAAGCAAGAAGAGUACCCUAGACCCGAAUACUUAGCUCGAUUGAGACACGUUACUCGUAAAACUGUAAAUUUAAUCACCAACGAUGCUGAACCCAAAGUACCAUUUUGGACUAUGCGAGUCCCAAUGACCAUGUUUAGUUUUUCUAUUGUUAUAUUCUUAGUUGCUGUUGCAUUUGCUGCUGUGAUAGGUGUUGUAUUGUACAGGAUCUCAAUUUUAGCUGCAUUUUACGCUUGUUCCAAUAAACUGAUUACGAAUUACGCUCUGAUAUUGACGAAUAUUACCGCGGCUUCGAUUAAUUUAUUGUUUAUCGUUAUUUUGAACGUGUUGUACUCGUGGCUGGCGAAAUAUCUCACCGAACUCGAACUUCAUCGUACUCAAACUGAAUUCGAUGAUUCGUUAACCCUGAAAAUGUAUUUAUUUCAAUUCGUCAACUAUUACGCGUCCAUUUUUUACAUCGCAUUUUUCAAAGGUAAAUUCGUCGGUUACCCGAAAGAAUUCUCUCGAAUAUUUGGAUACAGACAAGAAGAAUGUGGUUUAGGAGGUUGUCUGAUGGAGUUAUGUAUCCAACUAGGAAUAAUAAUGGUUGGAAAGCAAACAUUCAAUACAAUAAUUGAAAUCAUCGAACCGUUAGUUUAUAAAUGGUGGUACACUAGAGAAGUAAUAGGUAAAAAAGACAAACCUAAAAAGACAGAUGCGCGGCAAUGGGUCGAAGAUUAUAAAUUGGUUCCUUGGGGACCUCAAGCAUUAUUCCCCGAAUAUUUAGAGAUGGUUUUGCAGUACGGUUUCGUCACUAUUUUCGUGUCAGCUUUUCCUCUAGCUCCGUUGUUCGCUUUAUUAAAUAAUGUAUUAGAGAUGCGAUUAGAUGCUACGAAAUUACUCACGUAUUAUAGAAGACCGGUAUCCCAACGUGUGAAAAAUAUAGGCAUAUGGUAUCGUAUCUUGGACUCUGUUGGAAAAUUAGCUAUUUUCACCAAUAGCUUCAUUAUAGCUUUUACGUCGGAUUUUAUUCCUAAAAUAGUUUACAUGAUUACCGAAAGUAAAAAUUACACGAUGAAUGGAUAUUUGGAGUACUCUUUAUCGUAUAUGAAUGUUAGCGAAUUAAACCUAGACGAACUGCCACCUAAUCCUGGAAAUAUUACGUAUUGCAGGUAUAAAGAUUUCCGAAAUCCGCCUUGGGUCGCAGAUAGAUACAAGCUUAAUGUGAAGUUUUGGCAUGUUCUGGUUGGUCGCCUGCUGUUUAUGGUGAUUUUUCAGAAUUUCGUUACGUUGAUGGUUAUCGUGAUUCGAUGGUGUAUUCCCGACGUACCUGCCAAAUUGAAAGAGAAAAUUCAGCGAGAACGUUAUGUCACUAAUCAAAUAAUUAUAGCACAGGAAACAAAGCAAGCUACGAUGAAUAAAUGUUCAUACGACACCGAGGCUGAACUUGAAUUAUGAGUUUAAAGUUUGAAAUAUUGUUUGGCAAACAAAUACUCGCGUAUUGCAUAAUUUACUCCUUUAUGUACUUAUUCUAGUCUUUUGUGUGGUUUUUAUGAAUUGAUUAUCGAAUCGAUAAUUUUACGUGUAAUGACGUCCAAGUAUAUCCUAAUAAAUAAUUUUCAUCGAAUAAUACAAUUUUUGCGUUAAAAUUCUGCGCUUCUGAAAAAAAAACUUCAGGUUCUUGAUAAUUUAUGGAAAAUGCAUUUGUAAAUUUUAGAGGUGGGUAAUCUCUCCAAAUAAAUCGAAAGUAUUUUUGUACUAAAAUUGGCCCUUUAUUCGAGUUAUUUUUUCCACCAUACUUUGAGAAGUAAGUAUUUGAAAACACACAUAACACACUUAAAUACUCAGUUACGCUGAAUUAACAAAUAACAAUUUGUAAUAAAAACCGAAUAAUUCUUUUUAUUACUUUACAAUAAACCUAUUCGAACUACAACUACAAGUACAUAAUUACAAAAUCGUGUACUAUAUGCUUUUCACAUACGUAUUCCGGAACCCUAUUUUUAUUUAAUAAAUUUGUAUUCAUAUCACUCAAGAAAAUAAGGACGGAUUCGAAUAUUAUUCGAGACUCGACGCAAUAAUAUUUCUGAAUUGUAACUAUUGUAUAUGUUCGAACAUGAACCUAAUAAACGUCAUGACCUGGUAUACCAGUUAAUUCAUCUUAUUAUAACAUUCAAUUUACAACAAUUACGUUGUAAUUAAUUCAAUGAUUCGUGUAAUUCUUAGAUAAGUCACGUUGCACGAAACGUUGGCGAAAUGUAGGUCUUAUUAAGUGAAAGAAUUGCAAAAAAAUGAAAAAAAAAAUUAAAACUUAUGACUUUAGACUAGAAACAGCUUAUAUACGAGAAUAGGUAAGUAGUAAGCAUACAAAAAUUUGGCUGAAUAAAUUUGACUUAUUGCGUAGGUAGGUAUUUUUCCAGAUAAGCGGGUUGAUAUUUAUCAAUAAAAAAGUAAAAGAACAUUUAGAAUAAACUCCACGUUUAUGUACUUGAGAUAUAUAAACACGCAGAGUUCGAAUUAUCACGUAAAUACAUACAAAUGAUUCGAACGUUUAUCGAACAAAUCCAUAAAUGUUUAAUCAACUAUACUUGGAUUCGGUUAUAAGGUUCACCGCUUUAUCGAUAAAAUAAGAAAAAAUUAAUCAAAAUGAUACGAGGACCGGAAAAAUUACACAUUGCUUGGUAGAGAGUAAACUAUACAUAUACAAACACCUUAAUAAAAGAUUAAUUACAUGGGAGAAAAAUAGGCCUAACUUAAGGGGAACAAUGUACUCUGCUCACAAAACAUCAAGUUUUUCGAUCAUAUUACCCUGUAAUCGUAUCACAAGUAGGUAUUUAUUAUAAACACAUUUGGGAAGUUAUUGUCUUAUUCAAUAAGAUAAAAAAAAGUUAAAAAUGAAAGACUAAAUAAAAACAUAUUUAAAACGGGUAUAUAACUAUUCCUAUAGGUAAAUAAAAAAUGAAAAAAAAAAAAAAA